AUGAAUAUUCCAUUAUGGCAACUUAUAGAAUAUAAAGGGUCAAACGGUCGCAAAUGUGGUAAUAAUAUGGUCUACAGAGUUAUCGACGAAGUGAAAUAUGCUGACGAUGUAUCACCUAAAGUGAUAUGCAUUGUGGAAUGCACAUGCAUCAAUGAACAGUAUGAAAGGAAAAAUGGACAGUGCAUUGAAAAAAACAAUAUUACGAAACGAAACGAAGCUGAGGUCUCAUUUACAUUGAAUUUUUGCCAAAAUAUAUUAAAAUACAGGAGAAUUUUCUUGAUUUUUAAAAUUUUAACUAACAAUUAUUAUAAAAUUAUUAUGUGA